AGAGAGCCGUACAUGUAGCUGGUGAAAGCUUACGUCGUGUCAGUUGACGAAUAAAAGAGUUUCGGUGAGCCUGAGACCCCAAAAGGAAAUAUUUGCGCAUAUGAUGCUUCUUUGGAGGUGAUUUUUUGGGGCUUUUUUUAACUUUGGACCAUGGAUGAACCCAUCUCAAGUACCGAAUCAGCAGCACCUGAGCUGCUCAUUCUGUACACCGCCGAGGCGGAGGAGUGGGCCACCUAUCUGCAGCAGAUCCUGAAAUCAUCCCAGAGCUGCCAGCGGCUAUCUGUGCUCCUGUGCGCGGUCAGCGCGGCCCACCAGCUCCAGGGACGCCACUCCGAGGCCUUCCGACGGUGCAGGUGCAUCGUGCUGCUCCUCUCGGGGGUCUUCGUGGACAUCCUCUGCGACCAGGAGCUGCUGGAGGCCGUGCAGAGACUCCUUUAUCCUCCGCACAGAGUGGUGGCGUUCCUAUGCGGAGUGCCCGAGGACGACAUGACGGAGGCCGGCUUUACAGACUGGCCGAGCUGGAGGAAGCUCUAUGCCGAGGACGAGCCCGGCGUUUACGUUUCCACCAUUUUGGAAUCCAUCGCUGACAGCAGGAAAGCAGAGGCUGAGCUGGAGCGCCGAGCCGCCGCAGUCACAGUACAUUUGCAUGCGACAGCAGCCUCUUCGAGUGAAAACCCCACCUCUGAACAUGAGGAAGCGGCGUUAAAGGGGCAAGAAGAGAGGGCACUGAAAGAUGAAAAGCCAGUGACCAAUAAGAAUUCAGCCAGCAAAGAAAUUAGCCCACCCGCGCCCCUCACCUGCCUCACCGUUCAGCCAAACAGAGUUCACUGUGGGGAUCGUGAGACCAUUUUUAUCCUUUUCACCACCAAAGUGGAUGAUUGCUCAGUUGGAGAGGUGGAGUUUUCAGCUGAAAAUGUCGCUGCAAAAAGGGUUCCGGUCCGCGUGGAGAACGACUGCACAAUAAGCGUCUCUGCGCCUGAUAUGCCAGCUGGACCGACAACCCUCGCUUUGUACAUCGAGCGGUCAUGCGUCAGCCUGAUGCCCGUCACGUAUUACACCAGCAUGGGAGAGGUCAGUCGGCAUCUGGAAAAAGCUGCUGAUCCGGUGAACUUCAUCUGCCAGGCAUUCAACUUGACAUUGAAUGCAACAGAAUCGUUGGACACCUUGCUCACAAACUCCUUAAAAUCCAGGAUGCCUUCAACUGGUUUUCAGCUGUUCGGGGUCAAACAGAUCGAAGAGGACGACAUGUCGGCAUAUCAACGAAACGAGGAGCUUCCCACUUUGCUCCACUUCGCUGCCAAGCACGGCCUGAAGGGGCUCACCACCACUCUCCUCAGCUGCCCCGGCGCCCUGCAGGCCUACAGCGUGAUGAACAAGCACGGGGACUACCCCAACACGCUGGCGGAGAAGAGUGGCUUCGUGGAGCUGAGGCGUUUUAUGGAUGAAUACGUUCAAACAGCAGAUAUGUUCAACUCUCACAUGGAGGACAACGUCAACGCAGACGAUGUCACAGAGGUGUACGAGGCCAUGUCAGCAACAUCUGAAGAGAUCAUGAUGAAGUACUCGGGCUGCUCAGAGGACAUAUAUGAGUCAAUGGUGGAGAUCAACCCCGAGUGUGCAGAGGGCCUCUAUGAAAUGAUGACCGUGGCAGAUGAGAAUCCAGAAGAAGCGAUGCUCAGGAAGUUUUUCCAAGCGAAACCUAAUGCUACAAAAGAGCUGGACGACAUCCUGCACCCUAAAUCUGAGGAGGAAGAGACAGAUGGACCAGUUAACUUUAAUCAAAGCGAAGAGGAGGCUGAGGAUCCAUACGAUUUUUGUCCAGAGGAUAUUUAUGAUACUGUGGAUUCAAAUAACACCUACAACCCAGUGCUCCUAAACCGUCCACCAGCCCCUAUCCCCAGACCCGAGCAUGAGUCGGAACCCAACAAACCUGAGACCUACAUUUCUAGAGUGUUUUCAGGUAGGAGCACAUCCCAGAAUAAAGAAGCGGAGACAGAAAGUCCUGCAGUGCGGCCUGCAACUCAACCCCCGACAUCGACCUAUGACCCCUAUGCUGGGAUGAAGACCCCCGGGCAGAGGCAGCUCAUAUGCCUGCAGGAAAGGGUGAAAGUGGGGGAAAUAACUGUGGAUGAGGCAGUCCAAGAGUUCAAGGCCUGGCAGUUCGACCACGAAAGGAGGGCGACAUCCUUACGCUAUCAGCAGGAAAAUCUGAAAAAAUUGCGGGACAGCAUCACCAGACGUCACAAAGAAAGAGAAAAGUCAGGGAAGGAGCGAGAUUAUGAAAUAAGCGCUCCAAUGCAGAGGAACUUAUUUUGGGGCUCAAACAUGACGUUAGAGUGCGCCGUGUAUGAGCCGGCACCCAGAACGAUUCCACAACCCCCUCCUCCGGUCCAGCCCCCACAGAGAGGCAGCUGGAAGACGGGCAGCACGUCCAGCACAUCCAGUACUGAGAGCAACAGACUCAGCACUCACAGCACUUUCAGCUGCAGCAGCGGCACGGAGCCCGAGUUUGAGGAUGCAGUUGAGAAUCUCCCGCCUCCUCCUCGACCUCCACGGUCAUCUGAUCCCGCGGCCUUAAUGCCUCUGCCCAGGAUCCCCCCACGGAUCCCAGAAAGGGUGCCCGAGAUGUUGCACGAGCGCUACAUAUCCUGCCCCACACGAGCACUCCCUCAAAGGCCCUCGUACAGACCAGCAGAUUCAGCACCUCCUAUUCCUCGCCGAAUGCGGUGAUGCACACACAUCGCCACUUUAAUCUUUAGAGAUAAUAACUCACAAGCGGAACUGAACAGACAUCUGAGCAAUGUGCCUUUUUUUUCCUAACAGCCAUCAGGACAAACCCAAGCAGAUGAACACUUUUUUAAAAGUUUAGACUUAGAGUUUAGAGUUUCUAACAACUAUACACAUCAGUUUACUUUUAACAUUCAAUUAUCUGGGUAUGGGUAUGUGUAAAAGGAAAUGCGUGUGAUGAUUAUUAUAUACUGUAUGUCGUGGUAUGUUUUACUGUACAGACUUUGACCUGUAAUAAAUUUGGAACAUGAAAUAAUUCUG